AGCUGAGGGAGCAGUGCACCACCUGGCAGAAACUGAGCUCACGCAGGCAGGCAGAGUUAAAGAAGAAGCAGGUACAGAUGCAGUCUCUCUUGCAGGGAAAGGCGGAAGAGAUGGAGCAGCGCACCGGGGAUCUUCUCAGAGAAAUCCAGCACCUGAAGGAGAUGUGCGCCCUCCUCCGCCAGCAGAAGUCAGAAGUGCAGGCAGAGCUGCAGAGGGUACAGGAAAAGGUGGAAGAGACCAAGGAACGCACUAAGAAGCUUCUCCGAGCAAACCAGGACCUGAAAGCCGUUAUAUCGAAGCAGCUGAAACAGAAAACAGACACACAGAACACAGCACAGGCAGAGCUACAGGGCAAGAAGGGAAAGGAGGAAGAGGUGGGGCAGCGCGUUGGGAAGCUUCUCGGAGAAAUCCAGCACCUGAAGAAGAUGUGCGCCCUCCUCUGUCAGCAGAAGUCAGACGCGCAGGCAGAGCAGGCCCAACUUGCUCAACAGAACAAGGAGCUCAUUGUGGAAAACCAAGCAACAUCAAACACCAUGCAACAUCAACGAAGUAAAAUUGGCGAGCUCCUCCAGCGUUUAGCUCUACAACAGAAAAAGGUGCAAGAGCUGGAGCUACGCAUUGAGAAGGUUCUCCGAGAGAACCAGCAGCUGAAGUAUAGGUGCGCCAGCCUCCCUAAGCAGAACUCCGAUGAAGAGUUGCAGAGUGAGCAGCAGAAAGGCUCAUUACGACCUCGACUGUUUUCCGGCAGUGGUGGAAAGGUGCCUGCUGCCCCUGCUAAUCUGGGGAACCAUCGGGGCAGCAGGGGCAAAGAGGCGGAAGCGGAGAUUUUUACAAAUCACUAUGGUGGAAUAUACCGCAAAGGCGUCGGCUUUCCCUGCGGGGAAGCAACGUCUCGCGGGAUCUCGGUGGUCCUUGGGCCCUCGGACUGGACUACAAACCCCAACAUGCAACGCGCUCCUAGGUCCGAGCCACCGAAUGAAAGCGCAGAGCCCGUGUCACGUGUUGUAGAACCUCCAAAUCUCAUCGACUCUAUGGUGGAGCAUUUCGGAGUUCGACCAAUCCUAACACCGACCUCGGAAAAAGAACCCGCCUUUAUCCGCAAGGAGGCGGGAAUCGCCACGAAGCUCCUGUGGAGAGAGAGGAUGAAGCUGAAAAUGACCAAUAAGAAAGAAGGAGUUGAUGACAUCAACCAAUUGGAACGCGGGAAGAUAACGGCCAAUGGGAGUGGAGGGACCCCGGGACACGUGGGUGGGGGAGCCGAGCGCUGA